AUGAGCAUGAUCAAUUUCAUACGCAAGGAGUCUUACAAUGGCCGGUGUUUCGUGUGUGGGAAAGGCGAUUUCGGUGGAUUGCUACAGCUUAGGCUGCACUUUGCAGAGGACAACCAUCUUUCCAAAGGAUUGCCGAACAAAUCAGUCUGGCGCGUUGAAGAGAAUUUGGUACCAUUGUUUGGUAAUGAUAAUUUGAUGUGGAUGCUUGAAUCAUACAUUGAUGAGAAGGAAGUGGCUUCGCAAGCCGAGCUGGAGUCAUCCAUGGCUUCGCAGGCUGAGCUGGCAUCAACUAUAGCUUUGCGGGCUAAGCUAACGUCAUCCAGUGCAGAAAAUAUGGAAUCUAUUAACAGAAAAAUUGGGACGGUAAUUGCGGAAGACUACCCAGAUUUACAGAAUAGUGUGCUCGCCGAUGCAGAGUUAUGUGCGUCGCUGACAUAG